AUGCUGCCAUGCUGCCUGGCGGUGUGGGGAUGCGCGUGCUGCGGGUGGGCCGUGCACCGCCUCGUCCGCAAGGGCGCGGACGCCAGCCGCGACUGGCCCGCCGCGUCAAAGGACGAAAUGGCGGACUUUCCGCGCCUCGCGACCCUCAUACUCGCGUCGUACGAACCCGACUUACCUAAGUGCCUACAGCUCCUAGAGUCCGUUUCCGACGAUCACGGUAACAUCCCCCCGCAAACCGACGCUGCCGCUGCCGGGAAACCAUCCAAACAAAGCGACUCCGACGCCACGCACGCGCAAUCGGCGAAGGAAAAGGACCCCGAUUCCGAAUCCAACGGCAAGGACGGUCAGCCGAAAGGAAAGCGGGAAGUGAUAGAGGCGCGCGUGCUGCGGAAAGUGGAGCAGCGGGAGACGGAGGGGCAGUGCCCGUCGUACCUAGUGUACCUGGACGAGGCGAAUGAAGACAUCACCGUGGCCAUGCGCGGCAUGAACCUGACUCAAGUGUCGGACUAUGCGAUCCUCAGGAACAACCGCAAGGGCAAGCAGGUCCAUGUUCGAUUGCGGUUACGUGCACUGCAGUUUACUUGCAGCAGCGGGCGCAUUUCUGCAUCUCGAGAUGGACCACCUCAAGCGCCUCCUGCUCGCCUACUCCCCCGCCCCUAUUUCCCUCUGGCCCUCCAGAUGUUUGAUGGAGGCUACGUGCACUGCGGGCUACUCGCAGCGGCAGGCGCGUUUCUAGACCUCGAGAUGGACCAUCUCAAGCGCCUGCUGCGCCGCCACCCCACUCACACUCUCACACUCACGGGCCACUCCAUAGGCGCGGGUGUGGUGGCGCUGGCAGCCAUGGUGCUGGCCAACAACCUGCGUGAGCUGGGCCGCGUGCGCAGAGGCCGCAUCCGCUGCGUGGGGUUCUCUCCUCCGCGCUCUGCUUCUCUGAACCUGGCAGUGCGCCAUGCGGAUAUCAUCACCUCGGUCGUGCUGCAGGUGGGUGGUGCUGCAGGUGGGUGGUGCUGCAGGUGGGUGGUGCUGCAGGUGGGUGGUGCUGCAGGUGGGUGGUGCUGCAGGUGGGUUGUGCUGCAGGUGGGUGGUGCUGCAGGUGGGUGGUGCUGCAGGUGGGUUGUGCUGCAGGUGGUUGGUGCUGCAGGUGGGUUGUGCUGCAGGUGGGUGGUGCUGCAGGUGGGUGGUGCUGCAGGUGGGUGGUGCUGCAGGUGGGUGGUGCUGCAGGUGGGUGGUGCUGCAGGUGGCUAA